AUAAAUUAAUAUGGGAAAUAUUAAAUUACAAUAUUCCGAUGUCCAUCCAAUGCGAAGCGUCCGGACAAACCUGUUUUUGGCGAAGACUAAUUGUCUCUUUGCAUCGGUAUAAAAUCAAAACAUUCAUUUUAUGCGCGAUCAAUGAACAUUGACGGCGACAAUUUCAAGGCCACCAAGGGGGAUCAAUGUUGUAGCUACCCAAAAAAAAAACCCACACCAGGUAGACCGGCCGACCCCCCGGGCAGGAAGUACAUUAUUAAAACAUUUAUAUUAGAGGUAAAAACGUUCACCGUCUCCCGUCAGUGGGAAUCCCUCUUCAAAGAACGAGUUUUAAUCUUCUCCCAUGUUCUCAAACGCACUGUGUGUUCCCGACGCGGGCCUUUUGUUUUGCCAAUGCUCACAAAAAGAGAGAGCAACGCAGAGCGUUCGCAUAUUUCACUACCGUACGGCUGACCGAACGGUUCAAGCGCUAUUGCCUGGAUCGUGCGUCCGUUCGACUUGCUGUUGGUUUUACCGAUAACCUUCCGUGAUCGGUACAUCACGCAACCUGAACUAAACUGAAGGAGCUGGAGCGAUAAGAAGGAGUGCAGCUUAGCCGCGUUCGGCGAAGAAGCAUAAACGAAGCGAAAAAUUCAUAGUUGCUCCAUAGUUGGUUGGUGGUUAGUUCUUGUUUAACCAUCGUGGUAAACGGUUGUCCCAAAUGAUGAGACAGUGUAGUGUAACGUCUCGUGUGUGUACGGUGCUGCUUUGUCUGGCGGUGAUCGGUGUCGCCGAGGGUGGCUUCUUGGACUGGUUCCGCAGCAACAAAAACAAGGGCCACGAUGUGUGCCGCGUGGAGUUCGAGGUGCUCGACCCGCAAGGUUUGCGCCUGUGGACGGCACAAAAGCCACAGAUGAAAGGGUUCGGCGUGGAGCUGUUCAUCAAUCCGGUGCACGGUCGUAAGCAGCAGCCGUGCAACGUGUGCCGCAAUACGACGGAAAUCACGCACGGCAAGUUCUUUCUGCAGGAUGAAAGCGUGAUCGUCAAGAGCGGGGACAUACUGGAGUACGUGAUCAUUACCGACAAUGGCAAAACGGUGCAGCGCCACAAGCCCAGGAAACUGAUUGUGGACGAUUUCCUCAUUAAACCGAAAGGAAGCUGUGCCUGUCCGCCCGGUACGGUAACGCCUGCGACGCCGACCCAAACCGCCCAGCAGGUCUACGAAGAGCCGACGGCCGAAAUUGCUCUGCUGGAGCGCAUUCUCGAGCGAGUGUCGAAAAAGUGUGCCGAAGGCACGAUGUCCAGCUAUUUGUUCCUGCAGACGGAUCGCGUCGAUGGUCCGGCGGACGAUUUGAAAAAGAUCGUGCUGAAUUACUUCCAACAGAGGGACGCACUGAAGCCGCUGGCAGGAUCGAUCCUGUCCGCGGAGGACGGCUCGGACGGUAUCGUGUUCCGGGUGGCUAACAUUAUUGAUAAGCUGAAAAUUUUGGAGCUUGCGCGGCAAGAGAACGACAUCCUGGACUACGACAAGCUAACCGCCAUCGGUGACAUGGACAUUCGGGCUUCAUUCGAUGAUGAGUGAGAUUGCGUAAAAAUAACGCUUUUGUGUAACAACUAAUGAAGCGGCGGGCAGUAUGAUUGUAAAUGUAAAAACUGAAUAAAAGCAACGCAAAACCUUCACACUAAAA